UGGCAGUUCGUUUUGAAACGCGGCGUGGCGUGGUUGUCUGCCCAUAGAGAUAAUCCAAAAAAUACUAUUCCAAAAUAUAAUAAACACCAUAUGAUACGAUCUAUUCGAAGCAAAGAUCGCGUGUUGAGUGUAGUGAUUGGAACGAGUUUAAAAUAAUCAAAAUGGCAGUAACAGUAAAAAAGUUGAAAAAGUUUAUUAAGUAGAAGAUUAGAAAAAAAUUAAUAUUACAUUGUAAUCAAGCUGAACUUGGAAUAUAUUUGAAAGCUGAUUUUUGACGCGUAAAAUUGAAGCUGCCCAGGGUUGUUGGAAAGAGGGGCUUGAGGGGCCAAGGGGCUAAAUGGAAAUGGCCACCAAAGCCGGCGGAACGGAAUCAACGCCCCAGUCCAUCAAUCGUUCGUCCAUCAGCCAGUGGCCGGCUCGGUGCACGGUCAACGGUGCGAAUGCGUGAUGUUGGCGCCGCGACGCCCUUUGAUAUCUGAAAAUACCGAUAAAGGUAGUAGAGCCUCAAAUCGAUAACCACAGCACAAAAAGUGCUGAUCAGCCAAUCAAGGCGAGCAACUAAGCGAUAUAGCCGAUAUAGGGGUAGCCGACUCACAAAGCAACCGCCAGGAGCCCAAGGAUGCGGAUGCGGACGAGGAUGCCGCAGACCCGCCAACUGCCGCUGCUGAUGAGUGUGAUGUGUGUUGUCCUGAGUGUGUGUCUGGCGGAAAUCGAGGUGGAGGCUGGCGCCCCAGAUGGCGCUCCUGGCGCUACGGGCUCCCCGCGGAAUCGCAUCAAGGCGGAAGCGGAAACCCUGAUGACGGGCGACAGUUUCAACAUUCGCCACGGGCGUUCUCGUUCCCAUUUGCUCCAUGGAUCGACUACGGCAAACAGCAGCAGUGGCAGUGGCACCAGUACCGUCACUCGCCUCCUGCCGGUACCGACACCCACCCAGCAGCCGGGAGCUGUGGGCGGUGGUGGUGGUACCUCGAAUGCCCCUGUCACGCACAAAAUCCGUAAAUUGCACAAGAAGAAAAUCAACGAGAGCAUUCGCAAGAGUGUGGACAAAAGCCUGGGCCUGCUGCAUCCGCCCAAGAACCAUCGCAGCCUGGCGGAGGCCGAGCACCUGCAGGGACGUCCUGCCAGUGAGGAUGCAGAGGUGGCAGCUCUUAGCGAGGUUAUGCAGCUGGCUGACGAACUGGAAUCCUUUGCCACGCCCCCCACAAAUCGGCAAUUUGUGCGUGAUGGAGCCAAUUAUCAAGCCGAGGAGGAAGAGCCGGAGGAUGAGGAGGCAGAUGGCCACCAGGAGGUCAAUAUGGAGGAGAAUGUCAAUGUCGAUGAAGAUGACGACGACGACGAGGACGAUGACGAGGACAAUGAGGAUGAAGUGGAGCUUUUAUCUACCACAACCAGGCCGAAAGUGGUUCGACUUCAGCCCGUAAAUGGAACCUGGAACAAACUUGGUUCCAAUUCCCAAAAAGCCUUCUCUUCCACCUCGUCUUCUUCCGAUUCGGAUUAUGAAACCAAUGCCCUGGACCUCGACGACGAGGUAGAUGGUAAGCUCUUUGGCCAACUACAGUUGACAAACGAGACGACCACUGAGUGGCUGGACGAGGAUAUUCCCAAGAACGACAACCAACCAGAGGCGGAGGCCAGAUCCCAGGCAGCCAGCAUGGAGAUCAACCAAAUAAGCUUCGACAGCGGAGGAGAUGUUGGCGAUGACCCCGGAGACUCCGUUCUGGACACCUCCGAGGUCACCAUGGACGAUGGCUAUCCCCCCGAUGUACAGAUUGAUGACAAGACCAAGCAACUGGUCAUCGGCGAUGUUGAGGACAACGAGAACAUGGAGUCCAACCAGAUUACCGCCGAUGUGAUCAAUGCCCGGGAUAGCAAGAUUGAUCUGGUGUCCAAAUUCCUGCAGUACAUUGAGCAACAGCAUCUCAUGGGCUCCAACUGUGUGGCUGGGACUUCGUUGAAUCUGGGAGAGGGCGUGGUCGACCGGUAUGCCCAGGACCGGUUCCGAGUGGAGGCCGAAGUGGCCGUCAAUCGUGCCAAUAUGCUGACCAGGAUCUUUAAGACUACCGGCCGGUCAGUGCAGGAGGAUGUAAACCUGCUGCACGCCUCCGUUCUGUCCAUGGUGGAGUUCGACGAUGAUAUAUUCGCUGCCGGAAAUUGCUUCGAUUGGAACGAGCAUCCAGCCCAACCAGGACUCUUCUGUCCUUUUGCCUACCGCCUGCCACCUCCGAAUCUGGGAGCCGUCUUCGCCAAGGAUCUGGCCAUGGAGUAUCAUUAUCUGGGCAAUACCUCCGAGUGGUUCUUUUUGGCCCGAAAGAAUGCCGAAAAGGUGAUAGCCCGCAACGAGCAGUAUCUCAAGUCCUUCCAUCUCUACUCAAACAGGACGGAGGAGCGGAUCGAGGACGACACCCUGGCGGUGAAGUACGAGGAUGGCAGGUGGUCGAAGCCAUAUUACGACUGCGGUGGCGGCAACAUCUGGAUGCUGACCUACACGGUUCCCUUCUUCGGCUACGAAAACGGAACUUAUCACUUCAAAGGAACAUCUGGCAUCGAUAUCGACUUGCGGCGCGUGGACAUCGACCAGUGUCCGCAGAAGCAUACGCCGGGCACCAAGCGACCGCUGAACAUCUUCGCCGGAACGGACAAGUGCAAGCAAAGGACCACAAUGUGCGAACCCAUAAUGGGUCUGGGCUUUCGGCGCGGAUCCUACAAAUGUCUGUGCCGCAAGGGAUUCUACUUCCCCGAUGUGGUCUCGCUGCACAAGUUCUUCAACGGCAGCCUGCUGGAGGAGGAAUACGAGAAGCUGAUGCUGGGCAAGAACUCGACGUACAACAGCAACAGCGAGUACGAGUGCCUGCCGUGCGCCGAAGGAUGUGACUCCUGCGAGGACGCCUCGCCCUGCAUCGCCGCCCUGAAUUGGCCAAUGCGGACCAGUAUCCUGGCCCUGGCCUGCAUCGUGAUUGGCCUCCUGCCGCCUGCGGCUUGGUUCACCUUCCGCUACCAGCAGGUUAAGGUUGUAAGGGCCGCCAGUCCGGCUUUAUUGCGGGUCAUUGCAUUGGGAGCCUUUUUCAUUUACUGCACGAACAUUGUGAUGUAUCCGAAUCCGAACCUCUAUACCUGCACUGCUCGCAUUUGGCUUCGCGAAAUUGGCUUUUCUCUCACCUACGGAGCCCUGAUGCUAAAAACCUGGCGGAUAUCGGUGAUAUUCCGAGUGCGCUCUGCCAAGGCUGUGAAAAUCACAGAUGCCGCCCUGUUGAAGAGGCUGGGCAUCAUUUGUGGGGCCAUCGGCACUUGCCUGUUGGUCAGGACACUCGUCUCACCGCCGGACGUUGUCGUUGGCAGGACUGCCGACGACCUGAAGGCGUUUCUCUGCAAGACCGACUGGUGGGACUACACAUUCACGUCGAUGGAGGUCCUGUUCCUGGCCUGGGGUGUUCGUUUGUGCAUCAUGGUGCGGAAAGCGCCGUCGGAGUUCAACGAGAGCCGCUUCAUAUCCAUGGCCAUCUAUAAUGAGUUCCUGCUCACGUGCUUCCUCAAUGUGUCCAUGCUAUUUCUGCAAUCGCCUGCCAAUCCGGACCUACUCUACAUUAUUUUCUUUUGUCACACCCAACUUACGGUGACCCUGCUGCUGGCCCUCAUUUUUGGCAGCAAGGUUUACAUUGUCCUGCGAAGUGGCAAGUCACAUCAGGAGAACAUCGGCCUGGGCACCAAGGCAUCGGGGGCCAAAUUCAAUUUUCGCCCCCAGGUGCGAACCUUUGCGAAUCCCAGUUCGGUGACCACUUCGACGGUCCCCGUGGCGGGCACCACGUCAGCAGAAAACAAACUAUCCGACCAGGAGGCCCUGGAGGAGAUCCGCCAGCUGAGCAUGCAACUGCAACGCAUCCAGGAGAUGGCUCCGCCCAAGGGCGUGGCCGUGAUGACCAUUUCCAGUUUGCUGGAUGGCCUGAAGACACCCGGCGGCAUGAUGGUGGUUGCCGCCGCGGCUAGUGCCACCACCCACGGGCACUCGGCAGCCAACCGCCAGAGUGCCCUGCCCCUUUUGGCUUUAAAUGCCGAGAUGCAGAAAUAUAGCCAACAGAACAACAAUGCAAAUGGAAGAAGCGCCGUGGGGGGAGGGGGCGGAGUUGGAGGCGGACGGACAAGCAUUCCAACUAUGGUCCUAGAGACACCGCCCAGCUCCACGCCUCCGUCGACCGCUUUCGAGGAGCGCGCCAUGAACACCGAGCUGAGCGGGGAUGAUUUCCGGGAACAGCUUCUGCGGCGGACAGCCGAUGGGCAUAUCAUCUGCAGUCGAUGCCUGGACGCGUCGAAGGAGCACUACUACUGCUGUCCACCGCGCAGCGCCUGCGACCAUUUGGGGUCGCCGCAGCAGGAGGGCAGCAUAAGUUUCGCCAACAUCAAGCUGGAGUGCAUGUGCUCUCAGUCGGAGGACCUCGACCAGCCGGAUCCGGCCCAGCAGGUCCAGCGCCGGCCCACUGUUCGCACGGCGGCCACCAACACUCCACCCACCAGCUGCAAGCGGUCGGCCCGGAAUCUCCUCGAGACGGAGCUCAGCAUCUCGUAUCAAAUUUGUGAUAAUUGUAGAAGUAAGUACAAGCUAACCGGUCGCCGGCGGAGUGGCAGCUACUCCCAGGCCCAGUCCCAGCCCCUGUCCCAGGAACAGCCAGUUCCGGGCCAAGGACAGUCGCGCAGCAGCGAGAUCCUGGAUCACGUGGAGGUCCAGGUGGAGUCCAGGACCAAGGCAGCUCACUCCACCGACGACAUCGUUCUCUACUCUGCCAGUGGUGAAAAGCUCGAUGAGCCGCCAGGCAAGGAAACCGAAAGCCAGGGGGGUGCCCCAUCCCUGGGAAAUGUGUCCAAUGCCUCCAACAAUUCCACCAGCGGGGGCAGUGGGGGCACCACGCGACCCAAGAGGCCGGAUAAGUUAGUCCUGGAUCUGAACGAUCGGUCCAAGUACACCAAAGAGGUUUCCGUUUAGAAGGAUAAAAGGAAUUUUGCCAGGAUUGUUGAGGUUGUUUAGGGAGAGCUUCCUACUUGAUUUAAUCAGGACUAAAAUUUGAAAGGAUAUUAUAGAACUAGCAUAAUUUUUAAGACGUUAUUAUUUAUUAUUUAAAGUCUUUAUCCUUAUUCAGAAAACCCUUUCACUAAACAACCUUAAUAGCGCCCGGAUGCAAUCAGAAAAGUUUAAAAAUUUGCUUAGGCGCCGUUAAAUUAUCAAAGACUUUAUAUAAUUAUAUUUGUAUAUUUAUUUAGAUAAUUAAUUGGUUUAGCUAAAAUUGUAGUCAUAGGCACUAGAGCACUAAAACACGCGAUUUCAACAAAUCGGUGGCGGUGUGAUUUGCAUUGCCAAGCAAAAUGAUUUGCAACUAUAAUGAGCCCCAGAAUGUUGUUAAUAUAUUGAAUUUGGCAAGCAAACACACAGCACACAUAGUAUUCAACAAAACGCAUACAAAUUUUGUUGAAAGUCAUGUGUUUUAGAUGGAAUUUAAUUACAUUUACAUUUCGUAUAUGUACAUAAUUAAAUCUAAAUUGCUUACUAAUUGAAAAUCGCAGCGAAUCAUUUGCAAUGAAAAUGUUUUUGAGUAUACUCAUAAUGAUAGUGGUAAAAUGCAUUUGCUGUUAAAUAUAUAUAUUAUAUAUAUUGAUACUUGUUAAGUCAUAUUUAAGUGCCGAUCUAUUGAAAAUGGAAGCCCAACCACAAAAAUUACACACACACACACACACACAACAUAGGCUGACUGAACAGAAGAGACCCACUGACACACUCUGUUUAUAAUGCCCACUUUGUAAAAUAGUUAAUAAAAGUUGAUGUGAACUGUAAAAUACACAUAUCUCCUUAUAAACUCACACAAUACCUUCCAACUAAAUAUAUAUAUGAAUAUAUAGUGUAUAAAUCAAAUUUAGCUCUAAUUAUACUUACAAUUAAAUACUAAUUAGCUGUCGUACAUUUGGCUGCAAUAUUACAAGUACUUUAACAUCGAUUCAAUGCUAACAAUUGCCCACCCCGUCGCUAAAAAACAAAACCAAAUAGGAACAAUCGAAGAGAACUAUGUUUAAAAAUUCUGUGUUGUCGCUUGGAAAAUGACCAGAUAAUUGCAUGUAUUAUGUACUGUAGUUAAGCGUUGAUGUUAUUGAGUUGGAAAUAGUCGUACAUUAAAUGUAUGGCAAGUGCGUUUGUUUUAAAAGCAAUCCAAUAAAUGGCGAAAACUACUGAAUGUAAAA